AUGGCCAACGUCACCACCAGCUCCGUGGCCGGAGUCGUGGCCGGAAAAAACCCGCUCGUGUACAGCGCCUCGUCGCCCUACACCAUAUUUCUUUUUCAGGCGGUUCUCAUCCUUGCGUUCUGCCAAAUCCUACACUGGCCAUUGAAGAAGAUCAGACAGCCACGGGUCAUCGCAGAGGUCAUCGCAGGCAUCAUUUUAGGGCCCACUGUGAUGGGCCGCAUUCCGGGCUUCUCGGCGAUGUGUUUCCCGCAGGCGUCCAAGCAGGGGUUGUCGCUUGUGGCCAACAUAGGCAUCAUUCUAUUUUUGUUCAUAGUGGGGUUGGAAGUAGACUUAAAGUAUAUAAAGAAGAACUUGACCGCGGCCGUUUCGGUGGGGAUCAUCAACAUGGCCAUCCCGUUCGCCAUUGGGUGCGGAAUUGCCAAGGCUUUGUAUAAUCACUAUAAAGAAGAGGACCAGGACGUCUCGUUCACCACGCAGAUGGUGUUCAUCGCCGUGGCCAUGUGUAUCACGGCGUUCCCCGUGUUGGUGCGUAUUUUGAUCGAGCUCAACUUGAUUGGCGAUCUGGUCGGUACCAUUGUGUUGUCCUCGGGCAUCAUCAAUGACUUGACCGGCUGGAUUCUUUUGGCGUUGGUGGUCACCUUGGCCAACGCCGACAACGGCAUCCAGACGCUCUACAUUUUGCUUUUGGCCGUGGCGUGGUUCUUUGUGUUGUUGUACCCGGUCAAGUACUUGUUUACGCUCUACUUGAGAAGAUGGACAAAUGACCUCACUUCCGGGCAACCGUCGCCACUCCUGAUGAUUCUCAUCAUUUCCAUGGUGUUCACUUCUGCAUUCUACACAGACAUCAUCGGUGUCCAUCCGAUUUUCGGUGCGUUCAUGGUCGGUGUGAUCAUACCGCGUGACAACGGAUACGUCAUUCGCAUCACCGAGAAGCUCGAGGACUUGAUUUACAUUUUGAUGAUUCCAAUCUACUUUGCUGUGGUCGGCUUGAGUGUCGAUUUGACGAAACUCAACAAGGGUAUCGAUUGGGCGUUCUGUAUUGCCGUCAUUGCCUUGGCUAUGUCUGGUAAGAUUAUGGGCGGUUUCAUUGGCGCCAAGCUCAAUGGUUUCUGCUGGAGAGACUCCCUCACGGUGGGUGUUUUGAUGUCUUGUAAGGGAAUUGUCGAGAUUAUUGUUUUGAACGUCGGGUUGAACGCCAAGAUCAUCUCCGAAAGAGUCUACUCCAUGUUCGUUGUGAUGGCUGUUGUCACCACUUUUUUGACCACUCCCUUGACCAUGUGGGUCUAUCCCCCAAAGUACAGAAAGGGCACCAGCAAUUGGAGCGAUGAUAAGAAAGGCAAGGAGGGCGAAAAUGAAGAGAUGCUUUCCGAAACAACGACAAAGCUAUCAAUUGCCUCCUUAGACCGUUUCGGCUUCUCGGGCGUUUUGCUUCUCUUGAAAAAGAUCGACGCCAUCUCAAACCUCAUGCUUCUUUUGAAAGAUUUGGAGAAGGAUAGACCCGGUGCAAACAUAUUCGCAAUUCAUCUUCGUGAGUUCACAUCACGUACCUCGCAUUUGUUAGAGGCCUCUUCCGCUGGAGACUCGUCCAAGAACGAGCAGGAAUACGCAGACUCGAUUUCUAUCUUAUCUAUCGUGAAAGCCUUCAGCACCAUGCUCGAUAUCAACUUUCUGGCAAAGUCACUCUUGUCGCCAAUCAACAGCUUUAUGGUUUCUGUGAAUGACCAAGUUACAGGUCCAGGAAACUUUCUUCUCACUUCUGCUUCUCCCUCUGGUCUCUUCCAAGCUUCCACUGAGGGAGAUUUUGAGAUGUACAAGCAAGUUCUCGAGGAAUGUAAAUGUCACGUUGGAGUUCUUAUUCCAAACACCACUAAGUUCAGCGAGGGUACCAAGACCAUUCGUUUGAUCUUCAACCAAGACGACCGUUUGAGUUCUUCGGACCUACUUGCAUUACACUUGGUGCAUAGAUUCGCGCUGGUGCAUCCAGAUAUCCAUGUCUACGUGCGGUCUACAGCUAGUAGAAACAAGGAGUUUGAGCACCAGUUCGAAGAGUAUCUCGAAAGCAGUCGAGAAGAUGUAUUUCUACACAUCAGCUACUUCAAGACCCUCAGUGAUAUCAUGGAGAAGAAGGAAGAAGAGUUUGGUGGGUCACUUUUUGUGGUCUCCAACGAGUUCAUGGAAGAUCACCUCGAAGACAUGGUGAGACACGGCCAAAGCAAGGAGUUUGAUACACUUGUGGUGAGAGCCAAAUGA